GCUGGGCAGGGACCGGGAAUCGGGCAGGAGCCGGGCAGGGCUGGGGAUCGGGAAGCGGCCGGAGCCCCCCGGGAAGCGCCGUCGGGGCCGCCCCGUCCCCAGCCCCGCCGAUCCGCCCGCAGCCCUCCCCUCCGGCAGCGCCUCGGCACUUACAGAGGGGAAACUCCCGGGAAAAGCGUGGAAAGGGACCGAGGGAAGAUGUUAGUCCACACCUAUUCCGCCAUGGACCGGCAUGAUGGAGUGCCCAGCCACAGUUCCAGGCUGUCCCAGCUGGGAUCCGUCUCGCAGGGACCCUACUCCAGCGCUCCUCCGCUCUCUCACACCCCAUCCUCGGAUUUCCAGCCGCCUUAUUUCCCACCCCCCUACCAGCCUCUUCCUUACCACCAAAGCCAGGACCCUUACUCCCAUGUCAAUGACCCCUACUCCCUAAACCCCCUGCACCAGCCCCAGCAGCACCCCUGGGGACAGAGGCAGAGGCAAGAGGUGGGAUCAGAAACCGGGUCACUGCUGCCACAGCCUCGGGCCGCCCUGCCCCAGCUCUCGGGACUGGACCCCAGGCGGGACUACCACUCAGUUCGGAGGCCAGAUGUCCUCCUGCACUCAGCUCACCAUGGCCUUGACUCCGGCAUGGGGGACAGCCUUUCUCUGCACGGCAUCGGACACCCAGGGAUGGAGGAGGUCCAGUCAGUUGAAGAUGCCAAUAACAGCGGUAUGAACUUAUUGGACCAGUCUGUCAUUAAAAAAGUUCCGGUUCCUCCAAAAUCUGUUACUUCUUUGAUGAUGAAUAAAGAUGGCUUCCUGGGUGGAAUUUCAGUCAAUACCGGAGAGGUGUUUUGCUCUGUACCUGGCCGCUUGUCUUUGCUUAGCUCAACUUCAAAGUACAAAGUAACUGUGGGAGAAGUUCAAAGACGCCUUUCCCCUCCAGAGUGUCUGAACGCGUCCCUCCUAGGAGGAGUGCUUAGAAGAGCCAAAUCGAAAAACGGGGGGAGAUCUUUGCGAGAAAGGCUAGAAAAAAUCGGUUUGAAUUUACCAGCCGGCAGGCGUAAGGCCGCAAAUGUCACUUUACUCACCUCCCUGGUGGAAGGUGAGGCCGUUCAUUUAGCUCGGGAUUUUGGGUACAUCUGUGAAACGGAGUUCCCAGCCAAAGCUGUUUCUGAGUACCUGAACAGACAGCACACGGACCCCAGCGACCUCCACUCCAGGAAAAACAUGCUGCUUGCUACAAAGCAACUUUGUAAAGAAUUUACAGAUCUCUUGGCCCAGGACAGGACGCCCAUUGGAAACAGCCGGCCCACCCCUAUUUUGGAACCGGGCAUUCAGAGCUGCUUGACUCACUUCAGCCUCAUCACUCACGGCUUUGGGGCCCCCGCUAUCUGCGCUGCCCUCACGGCCCUCCAAAACUACCUGACUGAAGCUCUCAAAGGCAUGGACAAGAUGUUCUUGAACAACAACACUGCUAACAGGCACACAUCUGGCGAAGGACCAGGUAGUAAAACUGGAGACAAGGAAGAGAAACACAGAAAAUGAGAGAGAGAGAGAGAGAGAGAAAGAGAGAGAGAGAGAGGAAAAAAAUUAGAAUGAAAGAAAGGAAAAGAAAAAAAAAAGUUAAAUAAAUAAAAGGAGAAGAGAGAGAGAUAAUCUUUUAAAACAAAACCGUCUUAAUUCUAGCUUUAAAAAUACUGGAUUGGGCUUUGGAAGAAUUCUAUUAGGUAGGACAAAAUAAUAAUAAUAAUAAUAAUAAAAUAAAAAUAAUAAUAAUAAAAGAAAGACAAUAAUUUAAGAUCAGAGGAGCACAAUGGCGCAAGACCAGUGGUUCAGAGUCUCUUGCCAGGAACAUGUGAAGACAACUACCAGGAUUUUUUUCCCCACUUCUGUUCUUUCACAUUUUUUAAAUAAUGAUUGGGGGGGAGGGGAAUAUAAUAAUAAUUAAUAAUAAUAAUAAAAGAAAGAAAUGAAUAACUUAUUGGAAGAAAUCGGAGAAACAUUUUUGGUGUCAGUGCUUUGAUUUCUUGAGCUGCACGGUCUGUCUUGCUAUUAUUUUUUGUUUUAUUCUUUUUUUUUUGUUUUGUUUUGUUUUAUUUUGAACAACGUCCUGUCUCCACCUAGACUAAAACAAUCUUCCAGAAUGUUCUUUUCUGAGCAGCCCCAUGGCCUCAUUCCCCUCAGCUCUUCCCACCUCAUCUCACCACCCUGGUUCUGUCUAGACUAGGAAAGGAGGGGAGCUCCCAGACCCCUCGCCAAGCCAUCAACACCAGCUGCGCUCACGGCAGCGUCUUAACUCUCGGUGCCACCAGAAGGGA